AAAAUCCCUAACAGUAUUACAACUUUCAUCUCCUCUUCUCUAUGUUCUCUCUCCCCGACAACACAGCACGCUUCCGGCCUCUCCCUCUUCUCCCCGACGCCGGCACCACGCAGCAGCUCGCCGGCGCACCCAGGAGUUCCUCCACCUUCAGACUCCUGCGGGCGGUCCUUCUCCACACCGAUCCGAGCAGCUUCUCCUCCAGUGUUACUGUUUUUCUGAAUUUCUUGUCCAAGAAUGGCGAAGGAGGAUUUAAGGGUUUACAAUUCCAUGACUCAGCUGAAGGAGAUCUUUGAUGCUGCCCAAAAAGGAGUAAAAAGUACUGAACUUGAAAAGCAUCGGCUUUCUUCCAUCCCAAACUGAGUUCAGAGUAUCAAAUAUCUUUCUCUGCUUAGUUUUAGUCUUAAAUCUUCAUUAUGGUGUGAAUCGUUAUAGGACAACGCCUGUUAAAAAUCCCAGAACUCGUAAACCUUGGAGUGGAUCUUAUUGGGUUACUUUGAUUUUGGUUGAAAUAUCCAGUUUUUCCAUCACUGAAAUUAGGGUCUGCAGGUCAUGAGCGGUUGUUGGGUACUAUGGAAAUUUCAUUUUUCCAAUUACUUUUUGUUUGGUUGGUAAGAAAAUAUGGGACAGGUAGAUUUGACUUCUCAUGUUGUCUGAUUGAUUACAUGGUCUAGGAACUGUGUUUGGUUUUGGGAUUGAGCGUCCUAUGAUGGAUAGUUCAGGUUUGGGAGGUGGGUUUUUGUCAGGUCCAAAUGGGGGGUUACUAGACUUGGAGUCAUCCAUUCAUAGACACCAAACAAGCCAGUUGGGUCAUUCCUCAUUAGCACAUCCACAUCCAAUGAAUAUGAUAGGUGGUGUUGAAAGUGAACACCAUCCCAUUACGCUUAUGGAAGUGAAAGGGUCGACAUCGAAAGGCAUUUCAGUGCUCGGGAAAGGGAAAGCAGUUGCCCCGAUGACCAGUAGUCAUAGUUAUAACAUAAGUGAAGAAGAUGAACCGAGUUAUAUGGAAGAUGGGAGUGGUGAGAACUAUGAUGGAGCCAAGGGGAAAAAGGGCUCUCCGUGGCAGCGAAUGAAGUGGACAGAUAAUGUAGUUAAGCUUCUUAUUGCUGUGGUUGCUUGUGUGGGUGAUGAUGGAAUGAUUGCAGGUGGGGAGGGGCCUAAGAGAAAAUCUGGCAAUUUACAGAAGAAGGGUAAGUGGAAAACAGUUUCUAAGAUAAUGAUAAAAAAAGGUUGUCACGUGUCCCCUCAACAGUGUGAAGACAAGUUUAAUGACUUGAACAAAAGGUAUAAAAGAUUGAAUGACAUUCUUGGGAGGGGAACGAGUUGUAGAGUGGUGGAGAACCCUGCUCUCAUGGACUCAAUGCCUCACCUUUCAGCUAAGGCGAAGGAUGAUGUUAAAAAGAUACUGAGCUCAAAACACUUAUUUUACAAGGAAAUGUGUGCUUAUCAUAAUGGGCAAAUGAUACCUGAUUGUCACGAUAUUGAUUUACAAGGUUGUUCCUUACCUCUCAGGGGCUCAAAAGACAGUAAUCCAUCUGAGGAGGAAGAAGCUGAGGAAAAUCAUGAUAGUGAGGAAGAUGAUUUGGACAAUGAAGAUGACCAUAACCACGACAACGGUGGGGAGAGGAUGAGAGAUUUUGGUGACAGGAAGGUGAACGACGAUGAUGGCCAUUUCUGGACAUCACCUCAGGAAAGUUUUGAAGGUGAAAUGGCGGGGUUUUUUCAAGAUCCCACAAAGUCAUUGUGGGAGCGUAGGGAGUGGGUUGAGAAACAAACGUUGCAUCUCCAAGAGCAAAGAGUCAAUUUCCAUGCUGAAGCCCUUGAGCUUGAGAAGCAGCGUUUUAGGUGGCUGAGAUACUGCAGCAAGAAAGACAGAGAGUUGGAACGAUUGAGGCUGGAGAAUGAGAGAAUGAAAUUAGAGAACGAGCGAAAAGUACUGCAACUGAAGCAGAAGGAACUGGAAUUAGAUUUGAGGAGGCCAGAAGCUUUUAUAGAGCAUUCCCCUCUUGGUCACGAUAGAGUGCCAGGGAGAGAUCAGAUUGAUCUCGGUAGGCAUCAGUAGAUUCUGAGCACAACUUGCAAUGUGCAGUUUGCAUCAUGUUCGAGAUCAUACACGUUGGAGAUUUCUUGCUAAAGCAUAGGGCACACUAAUCAUGUAAAGUGUGAGUUUUUGUUCUAUGGAUUGGUGAUAUUCUGCUUUUGUUGUUGACCAUUCUGUUGUAAAUUCAAAAGGUUAGCUUAACACUUGUUGAAGUCUUCAAGCUAUCAUUAUGACUGGUCAUAUUAUUUUUUCUUAACAAGCUUGAACUUGUAUUGUUUUUUAUAUCAUCUAUUUAAUAAGUUAAUGGUGCGAAAUUUUUGAGAACAAUAAUCUUCAGGGACUGAUAUAAAUUUUUUGUUGCACUCGUUCAACACUAAAUAAGACUGAUUACAUCAAUCA